GAGCUAUAUAUACGGCCGAUGAGACACACUUCUCCGUGGCAUCGGAGAGCGCGGGGCACACACUGACCGACAUGGUGUCUCACUCUCACCUCGAGAUGGGCGGCGCGGCGGGGAUCAAGCUCUUCGGCAAGGUCAUCACGCGGCAGCCGACACGCACGGGCGCAGACGGCGGCGGUGGCGGCGUGGUGGUGUCCAAGACGCAGCAGGCGGCGCCCAUGUCGUCGUCCUCGUCGUCUUCGGGGCGCGGGAGCGCCGAGCAGCUGGAGGAGGCCGCGAGGGCGCGCGCGGCGGCGGCGGAGGCGCGGCUGCCGUGCCCGCGGUGCCGGAGCGAGGACACCAAGUUCUGCUACUUCAACAACUACAACGUCAACCAGCCGCGGCACUUCUGCCGGGCCUGCCACCGCUACUGGACGGCCGGCGGCGCCAUCCGCAACGUGCCCGUCGGCUCCGGCCGCCGCAAGAACCGCCCGGUGCUGCACGGUGCCUCCACGGUCAUGAGUGUUGCCGACCACCACUUGGCGGGGCCGGCGUCUCCGGGGAUGCCGAAUGGGCUUGGCUUCCACCCAGAUCAUGGAUGGUCUCAGGCCGUCCCGCCGACGGCUUACCUCGGCCACGGAGAGAUGGAGCAGUGCUGGUGGCUCGUUCAUCAGUACCCAGCCCAAGGCCAGGUCAACGGGGACGUCCAACUAAGCCCUUCGUCUCUGCGGAUCAACCAAUACGCAUGAAUAAAAUUUAAAUUUGUUGCCGUAUGUUCCAACAAUGUAAAAAGUUGCAAAUUCAGGCUUCCCAGCUCCUGUCGAUUGAAACUCCGGGUUUGCUGUUUCUCAAUCGAUCGGGGAAUAGUUAUAGCGCAAUCGAUGCUAUAGUGGUCAGAUUGUACGCAGAGAUUUGUUCUCAUUUUUGUUUUUA